AUGGAAAAUCAAAUAAAUUCAGCAAUUAAUGCUAUUAAACUGUUGCGUUCAAGUGUUUCAAAUGUAUUUGAGACGACAUUGUCGGCGCAAAACAAUAGCAUUCAAGAUGAAUCAUCGUUUUUGUUAGAAUUGCAAGAUCAGCUUUCUACUGUUGAUGUAAACUUUAAAUCAAUUGAAUCUACCAUAAAUGCCUUAAACGUUCCGUCUGGUCCUUUUACACUUGGAAACACGGCUGUUUUGAAUCAUGAAGCAGAUCCAGAUCGUCAAGGAGUUUACACAGAUCUUGUGAACAGUUACAAUUGGUAUGAGAAGACUCAUCUUUAUUCUGCUCUCGCCAAUACGAUGCUAUCACAAAAUUCUCUCAAACGGUCUUUUUACACAAGUUCUAAUAAAAGACGUCGACCUACAGUGCCUGUUAAUCCAGCACAACUUGUAGAUCAUAUGAUUAACUCUAUAAACACAAAUAAUAUGACAAUUAAGGUUUAUCGUCCUUUUGGUACCCCUACAAGUGCAUUCCUCCAUGUAAACCUUAGCCGCGUAAUGAAAGCUGCUAUAAUCUUACGUGGUUUAGUAAUAGAAUUGGUUACAGUUAAAGGAUUCAAUGAGCCUCUUGACAGUGUUGAUGAUCACUGGAUUGAAUCUCGUUAUGCAGUCUUCAGAAAAAUUCAAGAUCACGCUCAUUGUGCGAUGCUUCAUUUUUAUUCACCAACAUUUGCUGAACUUGCCACCAGAAGCUUCAUUACCUGGCUUGCUAGUUACUCAAAUAUUUUCUCGGAACCUUGCAAGAGAUGUCAACGUUUCUUGUUGAACAAUCUUCCUCCUACCUAUCGAGAUUUCAGAUCUCUUGAACCAUUGCAUGAAGAAUGCAGACAUUGA